AUGCUCAUGGCUCACCAUUCUUAUUCCUUGAAAUUAAAGUUUUUGACCCGGCUGACUGAGAGGUUCGUGCUGGGAGUGGACAUGUUCGUGGAGACCUUGUGGAAAGUCUGGAUGGAGCUCCUGGAUGUCCUUGGACUUGAUGUCUCCAGCCUCUCCCAGUACUUCAGCCCAGCCUCUGUGGCCAACAGCCCUGCGCGAGCCCUGCUGCUGGUGGGCGUCGUCCUCCUGGCCUACUGGUUCUUGUCCCUGACCCUGGGCUUCACCUUCAGCAUCCUGCACCUGGUGUUCGGCCGCUUCUUCUGGGUGGUGCGGGUCCUCCUGUUCUCCAUGUCCUGCGUGUACAUCCUACACAAGUACGAGGGUGAGCCCGAGAACGCCGUGCUGCCGCUCUGCCUCGUGGUGGCCGUGUACUUCAUGACCGGGCCCAUGGGCUUCUACUGGCGCAGCAGCCCGGGCCCCAGCGUGGAGGAGAAGCUCGAGCACCUGGAGAACCAGGUCAGACUGCUCAACAUCCGCCUCAACAGGGUGCUGGAGAGCCUGGACCGCUCCAAGGACAAGUGAAGGUCAGCCGGCCGGCUGGGUCCGCCGGCCAGAAGACAGAAGAGGAGGAGAAGAGCAGCCGCAGCAGCCCCCAAGCAGUCUCAAUAAACACCGUGCGCGCAGGAGCCGCUUGGUGAGGUGUCUCUAACCGCGUGUCAACCUAGGACCCGGUCCAAGAAGGAUGCGAGACCAUUCACGUAGACUACACGCCAUGUGUCGUUAGUAGAGAAAAUAUUUUUUAAACAAAGGAUAUAACCCUAUUAGCUGUACAGUAAGAGAAAUUUAUCUGUGCAUAGAACAUAAAGUUAAUUUUUUCAAGCAUUUAAAUACAUCUUUUGUAAGGUUUUUAAACAAGGGCAGAUUGAGUCAAGUUUAUGAGAACUUCACACUGAAGGGGAGAAUAUGCUAAUUUGAUCUUUUUAGAGGAGUUUAAAUGCCAGUGUUUGUUUCUACAACAUUCCGGUGGUGGGUGAGGUCUGUGCUUUCUCUUUGUGGUGCAGGGCUGUGAGCUUUAUUGUGUGUCCUGGUGGCUGAUGUGGACUGGGUGGGUGGGUGUUGUCACUUCUAAGCGGGGCCAGUUGAGCUUGAGGCUGGAGCUCAACUUCUUGGAUCCUGGGAACCCCACCAGUCCUGUCUGUCAUAUUUUCUAAAUGCAGAAACCAUCAUUCGUGGGAGCCCCAGGUCUUCCUGCCCCUGUGUCGUAAUGCAUUUAACCUCAGCAUUUCUGGAAGGAGAACGCACGGACAGAGCCAAGAAGCUCAGGGAUUUGGGACUUGGCGCCAAACCGCCUGGUGGAGCCUUGCAGGCCUAGCAGGGGCCUGGAGCCACCUGCCUUUGCCACUUGGGGGUGAGGCCUGUGUGGGAGAGCUGUCCCCGAGGGCGUCUAUCCCCUGGCCCAUCUUGCCCAGGUGACUUGAGAUCUUGAGAUCAUGGCUGGUACCACUGCACCGUCUUCCAGUCCUGCCGCCGCUGCUGCUUCUCUACGUUCUCAGGAGAAACAGGCCCUGGAGGGGAUCAGAAUUGUUUUUCUGGAAAUCUUCACAACCCACGAAUUGGUUGCUUUCUGUGCAAGAUCCUUUGGGUGGGCUCUGGGGAAGUGGGGAACACUGUAGGUGGACGGCUGGGGCAUCCCAGGCGAGGCGCGGGAUGGGGGCUGGUGGACUCGCCCUUUGCUGGACCCUGUCGGGCGAGGCGAUGAGCCCUGGCGGGAUGAGGCUCUGGAGUAGGUGGGAUUGCAGCUGCACAUUGUGCCCCUCCCUGGGCCCACGCAGCCUUGUGUGGUGGUGCCUCUGCUCUGAGCACAAGGCCCCAGGUGCCACCCGGAAUGCACUGUGUAUGCCCGAUUCUCGGAGCUGUGCGUCAGCGACCCUCCCUUUUCCUUUUCAAGUACCGGGAGGCAGAGGCAGAUGCUUCAGAGGGUGUGUCUGAAGGUCUGUCCCCAAGGUGUCUCCAACUCAGACUCCAGCUUUGGGUUCGCUUCCUGGGACCCACCCCUGUUCUGGGGCUGGCUUGGGGGAAUCUGUAUUGAUUGGCAUCCAGUUUUGUCGUUUAGCUGUCCCCUUAUACAUGCAGCCUGAGGCCCUUGUAGGCCUGUUUCCUUGUGUAGGUCUGGCUGUGCCAGGUUGUGGUACCCAAAGAUGGCUUUGCACACCUUGGUCGGUUCUGUGCACAGCGCUGGUGAGUCCUGCCCUGCAGGGGCUCCUCUGCCUGAGGUCAUCAUGCCUGAGCUGUCCUUGGUCCAGGUGUGACAUCCACCCCAACCUUUGCCCACAUUCCUCCCGCUCUGGAGCCAUCAUCUUUUUAACUCCUGGGCAGUCGGAUGGGGUGUGCCUCUGGGUGCUGGCGGGGUGAGGCCAAAAGUCACUGUGGAAAGCACACAGUAUUUUCUUCAGUUUUUGUAUCAGCUCUGAAGCCACAUUUAUAGUUUGAUAUACUCAAGUAAAAGAUGUCUUCGUUUUUAAUGAAGAAACUAUCAUUAACCAGUAUCAUUUCAGGGUAGAACAUUAUUUGAAAUUCUGAUAGAAACCCUGAGAUGGUAGGUUUAAGGUUUGUCUUGGGUUUUGGUGCUGGGGUGGAACCCAGGGCCCUGCUCCUGGCUGUGUAAACGAUUCACCACUGAGCCCAGCCCUGCCCCAGCCCAGCCCCAGGCCCCACUGCCCCUCCUACUACCCCCUCCAACCCUCCUACCCCCCCUUCCCCUGCCCCAGCCCUGCCCCAGGCCCAGGCCUGAAAAAUUUUGAAUAGUUUUUAGUGCAUAAAUUUUGCUUUGUUUGAGUACAUUUCUUUUUUUGGCACUGAGGAUUGAACCCAGCGGUGUUCUGCUACUGACCCACAGCCCCAGCCUCACUAACCCCAGACAGGGCCUCACCAAGUUGUGACCUCCGGAGUGGCUGGGAUCACAGGCGUGCCCACUGCGCCUGGCUGUUUGGGUGUAUUCUUAACCCCACUCGUGGAAGCUUGUAGAGUAUCUGGCCUCCCCCCAACAUCUCUUUCUUUCUUCUCUCUUUUGUAUGUGAAAAAAUGUAUUUUUGUACCAUAACUCAUAGCCUCGAGGAGAGACCUUUUUAUACCGUCAGGCCUAUAGAAUACAUUAGUGCAGCACUUCACUGAAUGUGAUAUUAAAAAAAAAAAAAAAAACUGUUUUGAUGGCAACUGCCACGACUCUGUCAUGAUUAAGGGUCAGUUUUUUAGAUAUCUCAAACUUAACCAGUGUUCAUUUCCCAGAGCUUCAGUAUCACUUGCUUUACCAAGGACAGAAAGGAGCCCAGGAAAGGAAGAGGGGGCCAUCUCUGGAGCACUGGGUCUGGGUGGCCGCCUGGGCAGGGCAUCUGGAGCUGCUCUGGGUGCAGAAGCCUGGCCCUGAGCGCUGCCCAGCGCCUGGUGGCCUUAUCCAGCUCUUGCUUUGUGCAUGGCUCCCUGUGGUCUCUGGCAUCAAAGUACAGCCAUGGGGGGUCUUGAAAACUGGCCUAGUGGAUGGUGCCCAGGGCUUCCUCCACACCAGUGGUUGGUGAUAGUACCUGGAGGUGGCUGCCAUUGGAAAAUUUUAAUAUGGGUCCCCAUUAGGCCACAUGGGUCACGACCAAAGGGAUGGGAAACUGGGACAGGCCUGGGUGCCGGCCAGGAAGUGACCAGAUGGGAACUGAGAACAUGGGGAUUGGGUGAGAGGCCAGGAGAACCAUAGCAGAACUUCUUCAGGGACAGUGACACCUGCUCUGGCCACUCGUUGGUCCUGGGGUCAGCGGGCCUGCAGGGGGUUAGGAAUGACUCGUGGAGAUGACUCUCCACGGUGUCUGGGGACAGGGCUGUGCCUCGUCGCCAGGGGCAUCCUGAAAUGCUUCCUCUCCGCAAUCCUUGCUAGUUUGUUUGUUUGUUCGGACCUGGGGAUUUAACCCAGAGACAAUUUACCACUGAGCCACAUUUCAGCCCUUUUUAUUUAUCAUUUCAAGACAGGUUCUCACUGUGUUGCUGAGGUUGACCUCGAACUUGCGAUCUUCCUGCCUCCACCUCCUGAGCUCCUGGGAUUACAGGCGUGUGGCACUGUGUGCACUUCUUGCUAGUUCUUAAGAUGCCUUGAUGAGUGACAUCUGGCUUCCAGGUAGACACUGAUAGUUUCUCCUGGUGGGUUUUGAGUCUGCCGGUCACAAAGCCAGCUCUUGCCAUCCAUCUUGCAUUAGAGGGACCUCCAAAGUCUCCUGAGUGUUGAGCCCCCCUGCCCCUUUUCGCUUGCUUGUUUGGCGCCUGGCACUGACGGAGCGGCCCACCAGCCCACAGCCGUGGAUUUUUAAAAGGCAUAUUAUCAUCCUGGGGAACUUUUAUUUUUGGCUCUUUGACUGCUUGGACUUCUUGCUCUUUGCUUGUGAAUAGCUGAAUUGUGUGCUUUUUACAGGACCCAACAUAGUCUCCUUAAAAUUGUCAACGUGGAGUAGGACCUGGUACCCGAGGCCGCUUAGCACCCUGCAUUCCCAUAGGUGGCCACUCCCCAAAACAGUUCUCAGGUAGCACAGAACCGGUUUGUGAUUUGCCCAGUCGGCUGAACACAAAACCUUGAAUUUAAGUGUUCAGUUGGAAAUAGGUUGCCAGGUAAAACAGAGAAGGGUUAAACUUGAUGUUGCCAAGCACACGUCCCUCUGUCUCUGCAGCUCCUGAGGUUUCAUUGUAGUUCUCCACAGCGUCGUCCCUGUGUCCCUGUGUCCCUGUGACUAGAUCAAUUCCUGUGAUGGUUGGGUGCAUGCCUAGGACCUUGUCAAGUUCUCUCUUCCCAGCUGGAAGCCCCACUGUGCGGUGCCUGCCAUGGCGCACACUCGAGGUGCGCUGUCUGGUGGUCGGCUUUCUGUGCGCUCAGUUUGUUUGGCACAGUCUUCGCGGUCUGGUCUGUGCUGCAGGAGGCGAGCCCGGCCGGUGUGAGUUCCAUGUGCCCUGGGAGGUGGGUUCUAUGAUCUAUAGAUAUAAAUGUUAUCUGGCUUAUUUUUUCUUUUCUUUUUUCUUUUUUUUUUGCAAAGUGAUCUGUACAUUCCUCUUAUUUAUUAAAUCACUGGCUUUGGUGUUAUGUGGAGAGAUUUGUAGAUUGAUUUCAGAACAGAAUUAAAAUAUUGUGAAAAUUACAUCUUAAUAAAUGUUUAUUGUAAUUUG